UGUGGUCCGAAACGGCGUCGUUGCUUCCGCUUUUGGGUGCAUUCGUGGCCAAUUCCCUUCUGGGCCGCGCCCCCCCCCUGCGCUAGCCCCUGGGUCGCUGGGACAGUCCACAGCCACGGCGAGAACGUGAACGUGUGGUCCGAAACAGCGUCGUUGCUUCCGCUUUUGGGUGCAUUCGUGGCCAAUUCUUUUCUGGGCCGCUACCGCACUAUUGUCAUUGCUUCUCUUAUCUACAUUCUGGGACUAUUCUUGUUGACUCUGUCGGCUAUGCUUCCGUCUCUAAGCACUUCUUCUGACUACUUAGACACCAAAAUCGUACUGGGUUCUUCAAAUCAGGUCCAAGAAAUCCUAUUCUUUGUAUCUCUGUAUAUAGUUGCUGUUGGGCAGGGCGGACACAAGCCUUGUGUUAAGGCUUUUGGGGCGGAUCAGUUUGAUGGGCAAGAUCCAGACGAGUGCAGAUGCAAAAGCUCAUUCUUCAAUUGGUGGAACUUUGGUGUUGUUGCGGGCGGCACAGUAACAAUAAUGAUGAUGAGCUAUAUACAAGAAAACCUUAUCUGGGGUCUAGGAUUUGGAAUCCCCUGUAUUGUGAUUGUCUUUGCUUUGGGUGUCUUUUUGCUUGGUACUGGGACAUAUCGGUAUAGUGUCAAAGGGAAGGGGAAAAGCCCAUUUGUGAGAAUUGGUCGUGUGUUUGUUGCUGCACUGGGAAACUGGCGGACCAAACCUUCGACUGUAGCUACUGAAGAGGAAGUUGGUAGAGCCCUCCCGCACCAUAGCUUCGAACAAUUCAAGAGAACGAUUCAACGACAACGAUAAACAAAAAGGAAAAAAGAAAUAAAGGGUAAUAGUGUAAUUUCACAUUAGGAGAAGGACUUAAACAGUAUCUAGGCUGAGCCAUGCGUUUUGCCAAACACCACCUAACUGUUGUUAUUGUCCUUGAUCAGAUUUGGUUUGCCCGUAAUCAACUUUUUCACAAUAACACAGUUCCAAUGAUCUCCAAUACUUUGAAGACUAUUGCUAAUGUGGUCCGGACUCACCUUACAGCCUGGAAGUCCCCUCCUUUUGGUCUCUCCAUUUGGUAGCCCCCUCCUCCGGGCUCUUUGAAGAUCAAUUUUGAUGUGGCUAUAAAAAACUCCUUCUCUGUUUCUGCGGUAGUUUUGAGCAAUGACAAGGGCAAUAUUCUGAUGGCUUUCACUAAGAAAUUGCACUCCAUUGAUGUGAACAAAGAGGAAGCUACAGCUACUCUCAUGGGUGUAAAUCUUGCCAUCUUUUUUGACUGUUCUGAGGUGUUGCUUGAAGGUGAUUCAUUGGUAACUAUUUUGGCAAUCAACCAGCUCUCCCUCUUUUCAGAUUGGACCUUAUCUCCCAUCAUCUCAGACAUUCUAUUGAAGUUUCAACAUUUCCAAGUUUGGAAUGCUUCUAAAAUUUCUCGCAGUGCAAACUUUCGUGCGCACCAUCUCGCUAAGUGGGCCGCUACCAACCUUGUGUUUGGA